AUGGCGAUCAGACCAGAAGAAACACUUUCCAGCCCCUUCUUUUUACAUCCUAAUGAAAAUCCUUCCUUGAUUCUAGCUUCUAAUCUCUUGAAUGGUGGUAAUUACCAUUCCUGGUCUUGUACUCCUACUAUAGCUGAUAGCAUAUCAUGUUUGGAUUCUGCUUUUGAAAUCUGGACUGAUCUAAAGGAUCGCUUUUCUCAAGGAGAUGCCUACAGAAUUGGAGAUAUUCAAGAAGAGAUAUAUGCUUUUCAUCAGAAUACAUUGUCAGUUACUGAGUACUUCACUCAUUUGAAGUCUCUAUGGGAUGAGUUAAUUAGCCUAAGGCCUUUUCCUGUAUGCAUAUGCAUUCCUAAAUGCAUUUGCAAUGCCUUACCAUUGAUAAGAAAGAAUCACUCUAAUGACCAGGUGAUUAGAUUCUUAAAGGGGCUGAAUGAUCAAUAUGCUACUGUGAGGCAGCAGAUUUUGAUGACAGAACCUCUUCCACCAAUCAACAAGGCAUUCUCAAUGGUAAUUCAAAAUGAGAGACAAAUUGCAGGAAGCAUUAACAUGAGAACUAUGGUUGAUACAAAUGUAAUGUUUACAAAAGGAGAGAAUGAUGAUUAUGGAGACUCUUUUGAUCCAAACUAUGAAGCAAAUGUUUGCUAUGCCAGAGGGAGAGGUUACUUCAGAGGAAACAACAAUAACUUCAAGAAGUUUGUUCCUGUGCCAAGUUACAAACAGAAGCUAUGCUCUCAUUGUGGAAUGACUGGGCACACUGUUGACAUUUGUUACAAAAAACAUGGGUAUCCUCCAGGGUAUCAGUCAAGUUUUCAAUCAAGAAUGAAGGCUGAUGGUUCAUAUGCCAAUCAAGUGGAUUUUGAAGGUUUUGCACCUAAUCCAUCAGAUAAUAAUACUGACAGAACUGCUUCUUAUACUUCUCCAGGUACUGUUUUUCCUUUCACAGCAGAACAGUGUCAAAAAUUAAUGGCUUUAAUUCAACAAGAAGCUUCUAGUUCUACUCCUCAGAAUUCAUUUGCUCAUGCAAAUGCAUUAUCUGCAAAUUUCCAGCCUAAUUCAGAAACCACAGAAGGUAUCUCUCACUGUCUUUUCUCUUCUACAUCUUACAAAAAUAAGUGGAUACUGGAUACAGGAGCAACAGAUCACAUAGUCUGUGACUCCAUUCUUCUAAAAACAUUUCAUGCUGUCAAAAAUGUUCAUGUGAAAUUACCAAAUGGUCAACUGGUUCCUGUUGCAAAUGUUGGUACUAUUCACUUAUCUGAUAAAUUGAUUCUGGAAAAUGUUCUUCAUGUUCCAGAUUUUAGUUUCAACUUGAUAUCAGCAAGCAAGUUAACUGAUAAUCCACAAAUAUCAUUGAUUCUUCAUCAUGACUCUUGUUUUAUCCAGGAGUUGACUUCAUAG